AUGCUCCCCGACGACAGAAGCAGCUCUGGAGCUGCCAGCAAUUCCCCCGAGCAGUCGCACAGCUCUCAUGCAGAUAGCGCUGUCACGCCCGCUUCCCACGUGCGUGCCGCCGGUACAUCGUCAAAGUCCGAGCUCAUCGACCGCUUGGAGAUUUUGUCCACUCGUUUUCCAAGUUUUUGGGUCGCGCCCUUUUGCGGCGGUGCCGCAGGCGUGGCGUCUGGGAUCGUAACCUGCCCCCUCGAUGUUAUCAAAACCAAGUUACAGGCCCAAGGUGGCUUUGCCCGACGGAGCGGGCCAACCAUGGGAACAAAAACGCUAUACAAGGGCAUGUUUGGCACCGGCAGAGUGAUUUUACGAGAAGAUGGAAUUCGUGGUCUCUACCAGGGACUGGGUCCAAUGCUUAUGGGAUAUCUUCCAACAUGGGCGGUUUACCUGGCUGUUUAUGACCGAACCCGCGAAUACUUCUACGAACAAACAGACAGUUGGUGGUUAUCCCGCGGAUAUGCUUCUAUUACCGCUGGUGCCUGUUCGACGAUCGCGACGAAUCCCAUCUGGGUCAUCAAGACAAGGCUCAUGUCGCAAAGUCUCAAGCAGAACCAUGAGGGCGCACGAGCCCCGUGGCAGUACUCUGGUACAUUCGAUGCCGCCCGCAAGAUGUACCAAAUCGAGGGUAUUCGCUCAUUUUAUUCUGGCCUGACACCCGCCCUUUUAGGGCUCACUCACGUGGCCAUUCAAUUUCCCCUUUACGAAUAUCUGAAGAUGUGCUUCACCGGAUACGGCAUUGGAGAGCAUCCAGAUUCUGGGAGUUCCCACUGGGUGGGUAUCUCGCUUGCUACGUUCCUUAGUAAGGUCUGUGCAAGCACUAUCACCUAUCCCCACGAGGUUCUACGAACCCGACUGCAAACCCAGCAGCGCACAGCACCAGCCCCAUCACACGAAGAAAUUGCCUUCCGUGGUGGCUUGAAACACCCCCAUGAUCGUGGCCGACCCCUGGCAUCUUCCUCGGACGGGAUGCUCCUUCGCCCCCGUUACUCCGGAAUGAUCCGCACGUGCCAAACUAUCUUGAAGGAAGAAGGUUGGCGUGCGUUCUAUUCCGGGAUUGGGGUCAACCUUUUCCGGGCCGUUCCGGCUGCCAUGACGACAAUGCUCACCUACGAGUAUCUCCGCAUGGUUAUCCACAACUUCCAACACGAGGGUGAAAUGAAGCUAGCCAUGGCAAAGGAAACCGAUGCUUCUAGCAUGAUUUGA